GAGCCGGGCCUGAAAGGGCAAAGGCAGGGGGUGUCCGGGCACCUGCACCAUGUCGUGUCUGCCAUGGGCGAGGGCUCUGCCCUGGGUGCUGCUGCUGCUUCUCUCAGGCUUGCAGCUCCUGGUGACCCAGGCCUGGCCUUUCAAAGUGCGGGAGAACUGGAAUGACCAAGGAUCCACAGCAGAAUACUUCCCUGCCACAGUGGAGUUCGCCUUGCACACAUUCAACCAGCAGAACCAGGACUGGCAUGCCUACAGGCUGGUGAGCAUCCUGGACUCCAGGAAGGAGGAGCAGUAUGAGAAUAUGGUGUUCUCCAUGAACCUACUGUUGGGCCAAACCACGUGUGGAAAAUUUGAGGAUGACAUUGACAACUGCCGCUUUCUAGAAAGCCCAAACCUGAACAACUGGGGAGCCCUGCUGGGCAGGCAGCUCAGCUGCCUGCACCUAGGUCACGGGCCUUCAUACUGCUCUUGUGUCCCUGGGGUCCCACUCUCCUCGGCCCAGAUGUUGACCUGCUUCUUCACUGUCAGCACCCAGCCCUGGAUAACACAGUUCAAGCUCCUGAACAAGACCUGCUCGGAGGGGGUCCCCUGA